CCGAAUCGUUAAAGAAAAUGAAAAGGCAAAUAAUAAGAAAUAAAAGAUGGAGGCGUCGCCCAGCCCUAAUCGCAUCUCGCGUCGAUCGCCGCUACGCUCCGUCGGCGACUGCCAAAGCGUUUCUUUGUUAUGCUAGUUUGAGUUUCUGUUUUAGUCUAGUUCAAAGAAAUGGAAGAUGCAGGAAUAUCAAGCUUUUGGGGACCUGUGACAUCUACCACAGAACUCUGCGAGGAAAACUAUGCAUAUUCUUCAUAUAUCGCUGAAUUUUACAACACUAUAUCAAACAUUCCCUGCAUUCUAUUGGCACUCAUCGGCCUAAUAAAUGCCCUAAGACAAAGGUUUGAGAAAAGAUUCAGUGUUCUUCAUAUUUCCAAUAUGAUCCUUGCAAUUGGGAGUAUGAUAUUCCAUGCCACAUUGCAAAAUGUGCUACAGCAGAGUGAUGAAACACCAAUGGUAUGGGAGAUGCUGCUUUAUCUCUAUGUUAUUUACUCACCCGACUGGCACUACAGGAGCACUAUGCCGACUUUUCUCUUCAUAUACGGUGCUGCCUUUGCCGUGGUUCAUUUCUUUGUGCGGUUUGGAAUAGUUUUCAAGAUACAUUAUAUCGUCCUUUGCCUUCUCUGUGUUCCUCGGAUGUACAAGUACUACAUACAAACAAAAGACAUUGCAGCAAAACGUCUUGUCAAGCUCUACGUGAUGACGAUCUUCCUUGGAACAUUAUGCUGGUUGUUUGACAGAAUAUUCUGCAAGAAACUAUCGCGCUGGUACAUCAAUCCUCAGGGCCAUGCGUUGUGGCAUGUGCUUAUGGGGUUCAAUUCCUACUUCGCGAACACCUUCUUGAUGUUCUGCCGUGCGCAGCAGAGGGGCUGGGAGCCACAGGUUGCUCACCUCUUCGGCUUUUUUCCAUAUGUGACGAUCCAUAAGCCCAAAAAGCAGGAUUGAGAAGGAAGGUAUUCACAAAGUGUUCGAUACUGGUUUCAUUCUGCACUCUGAAACAGAUGUUCGACAUAUUUUGUUAGUUUUAGAGAAGCAUGAACUGGAACUUGCUUUGUAUCAUAUAACUAACUCUGCAAUCCAUGCUGAUAAAGUGGAACAUGAACCAUUUUCUUUCUUUCUUUUUUCGCUUUAUCAUGUGUAUGUUUUGUAAGGUUUAGACUCAGAAUUGGAUUCAAUUCUUUUUUCUUCAA